AGUGUGACUUUUAAAUCACAAAAUGCGUGGCGUUGCUAGGAUUGUUUGUAAUAAUUUUCUUUUAAAUGUUAACUUUAAUAACUCAUGGAAGUUGAUGGCGUUGUGGGCCUUGCUUUCAAUAUUUUGACCUUAAAAUAAUCAUGAUCGUCAGAUGACUAUUACGUUUACAGUCGUUCUGCACCUUUGAGCAGCGAAGCCUUUAAUUCUCGGAACUUUUACUUGCAAGUAAGCUCCGGUGAAAUCUGAGACACGUUACUUCGGCGAGCAUGCAUAGGGUCAGAUUGCACAACGCACAUUAAAAGCGAGGGCUUUUGCUGACACAUACAAACAAUGGUGAAAACAGUAUAAGAAGCAGUGUAAGCUGGGGAGAGAAGGUGGCUUUUUAAAACUCCACUCGUUUCUCAUAAAUCUGACCAGCACCGUUCGCUUCUGCAAGCCUUGACAUUGUUGCUGAAUCAAAAUGUGGCUAAUGAACUGGAAGGCACUGGAAAAUUUCCCGCUGCUAAUGUACAUUUUAGCAGCUAAAACAUUAAUCCUUUGCUUAGCAUUUGCUGGGGCAAAAAUAUACCAGAGGAAAAGGCUUGAGGAAAAAAUGAAAAAAGAAGAGGAGGAGAAGCUGAAAAGGGGAGAGAAAAAAGAAAACUGAAAAGUCUUAAGAGAUCUGUAGCUGUUUGGCAGCUUGCUUGGAUUCCUUUCCUAGGAGAGUUGAAGACUUCACUGAAACCGAAUGCUCUGUGCUAGAGAAACUUAAUUCCCCAAGAGCAACCUACAACAAGUGUGUUGGAUUUUUAUAUUAUUAUUUUUCUGGUAUAAGUAAGAAGAAUAUCCUGUCAGCUAUUUAUAUAAUAAAAGCUCUGUUUGUAAAACUGA